UCACAACUGUACUGUUUCGAUUUGCUUCUUCAAACCACCAUGAAUCCACUGCUUCGCAAGGACUCUGUGCUGCCCAACGCGCCGCUGCAACUCGCGUCCAACGCCACCGCCGUCGCCGCUGCUGCUGCGCACCAUGCUGCCGGACUGACAUCGUCGAUUGCACUGGACAAUCCGCACGUCGUCAAGCUCGAUGUCGAUUUCCUGUACCACUUGGGCCUCGACACCAGCAUGGACUUUAAGGCCAUGUUUGGCGACGUCAAGUUUGUGUGCAUGGGUGGAAGCAACAACCGCAUGCUGGAGUUUGCCAAGCGCGUCGCAGAGGAGCUGGGCAUCACUCUGCCGGUGGGUGCAGCCAUUGCCGACGUUUCGCGCACGGAUCGGUACUGCCUGUACAAGGUUGGACCUGUGAUUUCCGUCAGCCACGGAAUGGGCAUCCCAUCCAUUUCCAUUUUGCUGCACGAAAUCACAAAGCUGAUGCACUACGCGGGUGCCACCGAAGUGAUUUACUUGCGCAUUGGCAGCUCGGGUGGCAUUGGCGUUCCUGCCGGCACGAUUGUCAUUACGGAAGAAGCGCUUGAUGGCGAGCUCAACCCCUUCCACACGCUCAAGGUGCUGGGAAACAAGAUCUACCGUGACGCCAAGUUCGAUCGCGCUCUCCUUGACGAGAUUGCUGCCUGCAAGACACCCGAAAUGAACGUCCUUGUUGGCAAGACGAUGUGCGCGGAGGACUUUUACGAAGGUCAAGCACGCCUUGACGGCGCCAUUUGCGAGUAUCCCCAGGACGCCAAGUUUGCCUUCUUUAGCAAAGCCCAAGCCAAGGGCGUGGUCAACAUGGAGAUGGAGUCUCUCGAGUUUGCCGCGUUCACUUGGCACUUGAAGAUCCCAGCGGCCGUUCUUUGCGCCACCUACCUCAACCGAAUGGAGACUGACCAGGUGUCGUCGCCUCCGCACGUCAUCCAUGCUUAUUCCGAAAACACGCAAAACUUGGCUCUUGCCUUCAUGAAGAAGCGAUUGGCCUCGUACGCGGCUCGCCCUGCUGCCAAGUAAACCCGAGAGCGACUCUCGCUAUGGUUUUUUGGGUGUGCGAUAUGUUAUCGACCCUUUUUAUUUGCUGCUUGAGAGACAGAGACGGAAGGCAACGAUGGCAAACCAAUCUUGCAAGGUGAUUUUUUUUUGUAUUUUCCAACAAUGGUCACUGAACUGCGAAACAAACACAAAAC